AUGGCGGAGAAUACAGAGAUUGACAAUGACCCAAUGAGGACUAAUUCUCUUUACUCUUCUCCAGCAUACUUCCAAGCAGUGCAGGCCAAAGGGACGGGAAAACCGGGCUCGCCGAACCAGGACCUUGAGAGGCAGAAAGCAAAGAAUGAUUAUGUUAAGGGAAGAAAAGGAGACAGUUCCGUAAGCCUAAAACAACGCGCGGCCGGUGAGGUGUUAAAGCUCGAACCCGAGAUUAAGAUCAGGAGGGUUGUUUUUGAUGAGAAGGAGACUAGUAAUGGUGGGAGUGAAGGAAGUGUUGGAAGAAGUUCGAAGAGGGUUGCCAAGAAGAAGAAGAAGAAGAUUGGGGGUGAUGAGCUUGUUGGUAGGUGGCCGGAUUGGCUUGUUGAGAACAUACCUCAAGGGGUUUUGGAAGGUUUGGUCCCAAGGAGUGUUCAUUCAUAUGAUAAGCUUGCUAAGAUAGGCCAUGGGACCUACAGCAAUGUGUACAAAGCUAGAGACCGGGUGACUAAAAAGAUCGUUGCUUUGAAGAAGGUUCGAUUCGACACGUCGGAGUCCGACAGCAUCAAGUUUAUGGCAAGGGAGAUAAGGAUACUACAGAAGCUAGAUCAUCCCAAUGUCAUCAAGCUUGUAGGCCUUGCCACAUCAAGAAUGCAAUAUAGUCUUUAUUUGGUUUUAGAUUAUAUGCAAGCAGACUUGGCCAAAGUAAUCACACGUUCCGAACAGAAGCUCGAUGAAGCACAGGUGAAAUGCUACAUGCAGCAGCUAUUUUUGGGUCUCCAGCAUUGUCAUGAGAGGGGAAUUUUACACCGGGACAUUAAGGCUUCCAAUUUGCUAGUUGAUAAAAAUGGAACACUUAAAAUUGCGGAUUUCGGGCUUGCAAAUUUUUAUCCUCCUAAAAAGGGUCCUCUUACAAGCAGAGUUGUGACACUCUGGUAUAGAGCUCCAGAGCUGUUGCUAGGUUCAACAGAUUAUGGAAUUGGUAUAGAUCUUUGGAGUGCAGGAUGUAUAUUGGCUGAGAUGUUCAUUGGAAGACCCUUUAUGCCAGGGAGAACUGAGGUUGAGCAGCUGCAUAAGAUCUUCAAGCUUUGUGGUGCACCCCCAGAUGAGUUCUGGACAAAGAUGAAACUGCCGACAAGUUUUCGACCGCCAAAAAACUACAAAUCUAGUUUUGAGGAAGUCUUUAGAGAUUUUCCCAGCUCUUCUUUUGGUCUCUUGAAGCAACUUCUUGCUCUAGACCCGGCAUUCCGCGGCACUGCUGCUUCUGCUCUCGAAAGUGAUUUCUUCAGUACAAGUCCAUUGGCUUGUGAACUUUCUGAUCUACCGGUAGUUUACACAGUGGAGGAUGAGCCAACUAGAGGAAACGAAAAGAAGAAGAGGAAGAGUUCGAAAUCAAAGAAAUCGUCACGAACGGAUUACGAAGUUCAUCAGCAGAAGGACGAACUUGAUGGACAGGCUAUAGGUGAUGUUGAACAUUUCAAUGAGGAAAAGAAUGCUGAGCAGCCAAACUUGCACAACCAAGAGAUGGGCAAUAGUGCAAGCAGCAGUACUACUUCCUCCAGUAGUAAACACAAUAUUGGACAUGAAGACCAGAUCUUCAAUGCAUAUUUGUCCCCAGUUCUUAGUUCUCACCAGAAAAGAUUUUCAAUAACUCAGGCUCACCCUAAUUCUCUAAGGAAUAUCAACCCUGAUGUCCUUAAAAACAUCAACAACUUCACUCUUUUGCAGGCCUCAGUGACUGAUAUUAUCAACCACAAGGAAGGCAGUGCCCUGGCUCAGUAUUUCAGGUCUCUCUCGGCAUUGGAUUUCCGAAAUCACGAUCCCGAGAAGUCGUCAGAAUUCUCCUUUGUGGCUGACAACGAAUAG